AUGCAGCUAUCGAGUAUUCUUCUAUUUAGCGCAGCAUCUUUGGCAGCACAAAUAGAGUCAUAUCCAAAGUUAGACGACGGCACGACUAUUGAAACAUUUCCGUUGUAUCAUGCUGAGGAUCAGAUAGCGUUGGAAUGUAGUAAAAGACAGAUUGAUACCGGUGAACAUUUUUUCAAUGAGAAAGGUGAUAUAAUCUAUAUACCUUUUAUGGAUUGCCAGGAAACGAAAAAACCACUUGAGCUGAAAUAUAACGUUGACGAGCAAAUUGCAUGCACAGUUAAGUUUGAAGACAGAUUAUACCACCUUUUUCAGUUAUAUUUACAUCAAGAUGCACCAUUCACAUGCCGGAUUCCUGUUCGGCCUGACUCAGGUCUUUAUAUUCCAUUGGACAUUCAAGUGAGAGGGAACAUCAUGGAGUCACACUUCGAUCUUGAUCCAAACAUUGCAAUUCAGAUGUUCACCGAUGGAGAUGGUACUAUCAUCUCUUCUACGAGUUUCUCUACAUCAGUUAAUACCACCAGAAUCAUAAUCGGGGAUACUGUCAAACUUAACUUUAAUGUUAUCUGGACUUCACUGAAAAAGAUAGUCCCAGAGAUCCCCGAACAAGCACAAACAACACAAAGUAAGUUGGAGCAACAGAAAUAUAUAACUAGUUACACAUUACCGGAUAGAAGAAAUCAAAAAGUUUUGUAUUUCUUUACUGCAGUGAUCGGUGCAUUAAUAGGUUCAGUUGUUACUACAGUCUUUUUGUAUAAGAGACUUAAUCGCAAGCUACUCCAGAGCUAUAGCGAUAAAUUGGAAUAA